CAAGAUGGCGGACAAGGCGCCCGGCGGCUCGCAGAAGGCCGGCGGGAAGGUCAGAGCGUCAGAUGCAGUGCAUAACACGGGCUCUGCGGACACCCAUCCUCUGAUGGAAAGUAAGCUGAAAGCAUUCAGUAUUGGCAAAAUGAGUGCUGCCAAAAGAACUCUAAGCAAGAAGGAGCAAGAAGAAUUAAAAAAGAAGGAGGAUGAGAAAGCUGCUGCAGAAAUUUAUGAAGAAUUCCUUGCUGCCUUUGAAGGAAGUGAUGGCAAUAAAGUGAAAACUUUUGUAAGAGGAGGAAUCGUUAAUGCCUCUAAAGAGGAACAUGAAACAGAUGAAAAGAGGGGUAAAAUCUAUAAGCCCUCAUCACGAUUUUCGGAUCAAAAAAAUCAACCAAGCCAACCAUCUAAUGAGAAGCCUCCAUCCCUCCUAAUGAUAGAAACCAAAAAGCCUCCUUUGAAGAAAGGAGAGAAAGAAAAGAAAAAGAGUAAUUUGGAACUUUUUAAAGAAGAAUUAAAGCAAAUACAAGAGGAGCGUGAUGAAAGACAUAAAACAAAAGGUAGAUUGAGUCGUUUUGAGCCACCUCAGUCAGAUUCAGAUGGCCAACGUCGCUCAAUGGAUGCUCCUUCAAGACGAAAUAGAUCGUCUGGUGUACUGGAUGAUUAUGCCCCAGGGUCACAUGAUGUUGGAGAUCCAAGCACAACAAAUUUGUAUCUUGGAAACAUUAAUCCUCAAAUGAAUGAAGAGAUGUUAUGUCAAGAAUUUGGACGUUUCGGACCAUUAGCAAGUGUCAAAAUUAUGUGGCCAAGAACUGAUGAAGAAAGAGCAAGAGAAAGAAACUGUGGCUUUGUCGCCUUUAUGAACAGGAGAGAUGCUGAAAGAGCGUUAAAGAAUUUGAAUGGCAAGAUGAUUAUGUCCUUUGAGAUGAAGCUGGGCUGGGGCAAAGCUGUACCUAUACCACCACAUCCAAUAUAUAUUCCACCUUCCAUGAUGGAGCAUACGCUUCCACCUCCUCCGUCGGGACUGCCUUUCAAUGCCCAGCCUAGGGAGAGGUUGAAGAAUCCUAAUGCUCCAAUGUUACCCCCACCAAAAAACAAGGAAGAUUUUGAGAAGACUCUGUCGCAAGCCAUAGUCAAAGUGGUUAUCCCAACAGAAAGGAAUUUGCUCGCUUUGAUACAUCGAAUGAUAGAGUUUGUCGUACGGGAGGGGCCCAUGUUUGAAGCCAUGAUCAUGAAUCGAGAAAUCAACAAUCCAAUGUUCAGGUUUUUAUUUGAAAACCAGACUCCAGCCCAUGUAUACUAUAGAUGGAAGCUUUAUUCAAUUCUCCAGGGAGAUGCUCCAACCAAGUGGAGGACAGAAGAUUUCCGUAUGUUCAAAAAUGGGUCUUUUUGGAGGCCACCACCAUUGAAUCCAUACCUCCAUGGGAUGUCAGAAGAACAAGAAACAGAAGCUUUUGUAGAGGAACCUAACAAGAAGGGUGCACUUAAGGAAGAACAGAGGGACAAAUUGGAGGAAAUUCUGCGGGGACUAACACCUCGUAAGAACGAUAUUGGCGACGCGAUGGUUUUCUGUCUAAACAAUGCAGAAGCUGCAGAAGAAAUUGUAGACUGCAUUACAGAGUCACUGUCCAUUUUGAAGACUCCUCUUCCUAAGAAGAUUGCAAGACUUUAUUUGGUGUCAGAUGUGUUAUACAACUCCUCAGCUAAGGUUGCCAAUGCUUCAUAUUACAGGAAAUUUUUUGAAACAAAAUUAUGUCAGAUAUUCUCUGAUCUCAAUGCUACUUACCGUACAAUACAAGGCCAUUUACAGUCUGAAAAUUUCAAGCAAAGGGUAAUGACCUGCUUCCGAGCAUGGGAAGACUGGGCCAUCUAUCCAGAGCCGUUUUUGAUCAAACUGCAGAAUAUUUUCUUGGGACUUGUAAAUAUCAUGGAAGAUAAGGAAACAGAGGAGGUACCAGAUGACCUUGAUGGUGCUCCUAUUGAGGAAGAGCUUGAUGGUGCUCCGCUGGAGGAUGUGGAUGGAAUUCCUAUUGAUGCUGCUCCUAUUGAUGAUCUUGAUGGAGUCCCGAUUAAAUCACUGGAUGACGAUCUUGAUGGGGUGCCUUUGGAUACAGCUGAAGACUCGAAAAAAAAUGAGCCGAUAUUUAAAGUUGCCCCUUCAAAAUGGGAAGCAGUGGAUGAAUCAGAAUUGGAAGCUCAAGCUGUUACAACUUCUAAGUGGGAGCUUUUUGACCAACAUGAAGAAUCUGAGGAAGAAGAAAUUCAAAAUCAAGAAGAAGAAAGUGAAGAUGAGGAAGACACUCAAAGUUCUAAGUCAGAAGAACACAUGUAUUCCAAUCCUAUUAAAGAAGAAAUGCCUGAAUGCAAAUCUUCAGUCAAAUAUUCAGAAAUGAGUGAAGAAAAGCGUGCCAAACUCCGAGAGAUAGAGCUUAAGGUGAUGAAGUUUCAGGAUGAGUUAGAGUCUGGGAAAAGACCCAAGAAACCAGGCCAGAGUUUUCAGGAACAGAUUGAACACUAUAGAGACAAGCUGCUCCAGAGGGAAAAAGAAAAAGAGUUGGAAAGAGAACGGGAAAGGGACAAAAAGGACAAGGAAAAAUCUGACUCCAGGUCCAAAGAUAAAAAGGAAAAAGAGGAAUGUACACCAACAAGAAAAGAGAGGAAAAGAAGACACAGUGGGUCGCCUAGUCCCUCGCGCAGCAGUGGCAGCAGACGAGCGAAAUCCCCCUCACCCAAAUCGGAGCGCUCGGAGCGCUCCGAGCGCUCCCACAAAGAGAGCUCGCGCUCCCGGUCAUCACACAAAGAUUCCCCCAGAGAUGUCAGUAAAAAAGCCAAAAGGUCGCCAUCUGGCUCUAGGACGCCGAAAAGAUCGAGAAGGUCACGAUCCAGAUCCCCUAAAAAGUCAGGGAAAAAAUCCAGGUCUCAGUCCCGUUCUCCCCACAGAUCUCACAAGAAGUCAAAGAAAAGCAAACACUGACAAUGUUAAUAUUUUUUAUGAUGCUGUCACUUACUGGAAAUGCGGUUUUGUUUUUGUGCCUGAACAGUCUGUUUAAAAACAAAAAAGCAUUCCUGAUCUUUUUUUUUGUGAAUGCACGUGUAUACUCAUGAGUAUCUGCAUCUGUAGACCUGUCAUUGUUUUAUAUUGUACAAAAUAUCUUCAUUGUGCUAUUUCCCAAAUGAAACAUUUUUGUGUUUAGAAGUUUCAUCAAAAAUAUGUGUAACUGAUCUGCUGGCAGUAGUGAUAUUUUGUUUUAGAAUGUUGUGACAUAGCAGAAAUAACUCAAAUGUUCCCCCUUUUGUAGCUUUGACAAUUUGAAUUAGAUUUCAAAUAAAAUCUGAACAGAAAAUUAAGAUGUUGUUUUCUUGCCCCCUGUUGGUACAGAUCUAUAAAGGAAUUCAUAGUUUGUUUGGAAGUACUGUGUAUUUCAGACAUACUA